AUGCUGCUGCCAACGGUCAGCGGCCAAUCCGCCGCAGGAUGCAAGUGGAAAAACUGCUGUCGCCGCAGCUGGGAAAUGCUGAUGGCACCCGUAUCGCCCAAGAACCUCAGGACCACGGCGCUCUUGACAAGCAUCUAUCAAUUGUUAAUCUCCCACUGCGCCCUGUUUCUGGUACUCCUGGGAUUGGCGCAUGCCGAACAGAUGUGUGAGGUCUUGGAGCUGGACAUCCUGGACCAGAAGGACAAUGGUUUCUACAACAUGUCGCCCUUCCACAACGAUCUUCGCCUGCAAACCGCUGCCCAAUUGGCCGUCGCCACGGAGAAUCUGCUCUACGUGAUGGCUGGAAUCGCGGGUACCUACGCCCUGAGUGCCAUAUCCCUGUUUUUCGGAGUCUUCAAGAAUCGGCCGGGCCUAAUCAUACCCUGGCUGGUCGUGGAGUUCCUAUUAAUGAUUGGUUUGGGGGCACUGGUCUUCAUGCUGAGGGAUACGAAAAUCGUGCAGUUGCUGGGUGGUCAGGUGCCCUACUUUAUCAUUUGCUACAUCUUGAUCUGCAUGGAUUACUGCAAGUGGUAUGUGAUGCAUAGCUUCUACCAGAGCCUACGAACCAUGAAUAAGCUUCGGGAGAUUGCCACUGUGGCCAUACCAUGCCCAGCUCCAGGAGCCAUACCCUAUCGUUUCCAACGCGAGCACAUGUAUCUGGGCAGCAAUGGAUAUAAACACAUACUAACCGAGUCUCCCGAUGGACAGUGUUAAAGAUUGAUUACUGAAAGAUUGGAUAUUUUUGAAACUUCCCAUCAGGUGUCUUGAUUGCAAUUGCACUACAAAUUCUGUAUUGCAAAACAGAGUGUGAUAUGGUUAUGGUAGAGAUACUAUUUUAUAUGGCCAACGGACAUGAAGCGGCUUGUUAGAAAGGAAACGGUUCAAAGCGAUCGGUGAAUACAAAAACUAUUUUUGUGUAGAAAUAGCUCCAAAAGCACCUUAAAUGAAUUAAAAAAGUAAUAAUAAUAUUUGGUCACUAACGCGACUCGAACUCGGAACUUCCAAGCGAAGGUCGCACUCUCUAACCCCUAGGCUACGGCAGCGAAGCUCUCGCGAAAGCCGAGAUCGAUUAAACCCCAAAAUCUUGAAACGAAAAACUUGUCUUAAAUAAAUUGGCGUUCAUACAAAUAGCAACGAAGUUUGAAGCUCAGUUUCUCUGUAGAUUUACGACUACUUAACUAUAAUAUGCCUUAAAUUCUGUUGACUAGCAAUAUUUUAGGUAUUUCUAUUUUGUAGCACAGAACGAAAUAAGUACGAAUAUCAAAUAAAAGUGCAAACUUGUAACAUA